AUGGAAGACACCUUUGGCGAAGCUGCUCCCGAACAACGUGAGGAUCGUGGUCCCAGAAUCCCACCUGCGAAAUUGGCAGAUCUCAACGACACCGCUCCCUACAUCUCCCUCUUCUACAAGCAAGACAGAAACUCUGCUUUGCAAUGUGUAGAGCACAAAUUUUCCCGCGAUGUCGCCAUGGUCUUCUGUGAUCGUAUUCGUCAUGAUCUCAUGGACAACAGCAGUUGCAAGUCUUUCACCGUUACCGGCAUCAACUUGAAAGGCCUCAAAUAUGUCCUCAAUUGGAUCAAGGCAUCCGUUGAAGAGAAGAAGACUGCCGAGUUUGAGAAGUUCGAUCAAGAUGAUCCAGACAUCUUCAUCAAAUAUGUCAACGCCAUCAUCGCCGCCAACUACCUCGGCAUCCCCGCCCGCGAUUUCGCCAACAGCAUGACCAAGGUCAUGCUCGGUGUUGCCCGCAAAGUUCAAAUGACCUGGGACCAAGUCGAAUAUUUCCUCUACGACCCAGCCUUGAACAACUGCAGCGAUGAGGUCCGUGGCAUCGCCACCGCCAGCAUCUUCUACGCAUGGUGGAACGCCAAGCUCACAGACGAAGAUACUCCUGAAGACAUGAUGUAUCUCUCCUGGCUGCGUGACCAAGACAAAGAUCUCGACGACGCCCUGCACGACUGGUGUGUCCACAACCAAGAGGACGUGGAGAAGCGUAAGGCUGAGAAGCGUGCCAAGAGAGCCGAAGAAGCUGCUGGUGUUGAUGGCGGUGCCGGCGAAGGCUGGGGUGACAAUGCUGCCGCCACUGGAGCUGAGGCUUCCGCAGGUGCUGGUUGGGAUACGGGAGACAGCGGUGCCGCGGCUGCGACGGGCGAGUCUUCAUGGGAUCAACCCACCAACGAAGAAUCAACAGGUUGGGAAGACGGCACGCCAGCAGAAGCACGAAAUCUCUCAAAUGCGACAAACACUUUCAACGCCAAUGGCGCCGCUGCUAUCGAUAGUGCAGACCGUACUUGGGAUUCCUCUGAUCAUGGCGCUGUCACUCGCGAAGGAACACCAGGUGUCUACGACUCCGCAUCGACGGUCAGCAGUAUUCAUGACGGUGGUGGCGGCGGUAGUGACGGAAAAUCUCGCCUACCAGCUUUUGAGGACGAUCGCGGCGCUGCUGCGGGUGGCGGUGAUUGGGCUGAUGAGGUCAAUCAGAGUGCGGGUUGGUGA